AUGGACAAGAGACUCAUCUCUGCCAUCCUAGCUCUGCUGCUGAGUCUAUCACUGGCACAUCACCUUGAGGAUCUUGAAAGUGAAGAUGAAUGUUUUGCAUUCUUCUACUUUUCGGCAAACGAAAUAGAGGAUCCUGAUGAUUUGGACAUCACUACCAGAAUUAUGCAGUCCAACAAUGGGUCCAUCGAGAUGCUGAUGGAGGGAGACCUGAUUGUAUCAAACACCAGAAAUGCCAUGAAGUGCAGGAAUAACCGAUGUCUGUGGAAGAAAUCCUCAGAUGGACUUGUUGAAGUGCCUUACACUGUUAGCCGUGAAUUCUCAUAUUAUCAGAGGAAGAGGAUAGUAAAAGCCAUGAAGACCUUCAACAUACAAACCUGCAUUCGCUUUGUUCCCCGUUCGAGUCAGAGAGACUACAUCAGUAUUGAGAACAGAGGCGGCUGUUACUCCUAUCUGGGGAGAACUGGUGGCAAGCAGGUAGUGUCUCUGUCCAGAUAUGGUUGUGUUUACCAUGGUAUCAUUCAGCAUGCGCUGAACCAUGUGCUGGGUUUCUAUCACGAGCACACAAGGAGCGACCGGGACGAAUACGUCAAGAUCAACUGGGAGAAUGUUGCACCACGCACCAUCUACAACUUUCAGAAACAAAACACUAAUAAUCUGAAUACUCCAUAUGACUACACUUCUAUCAUGCACUAUGGAAGAACUGCUUUCUCGACCAAUGGAAAGGACACUAUAACUCCCAUACCCAACCCAAACCAAUCUAUUGGACAGAGGAGACGUAUGUCCAUGGGGGACAUUCUGAGGAUCAAGAAGCUAUAUAACUGUUAUAAGGUCAGAUGA